CAGCGACCGCGCAAUCCCCGAGGCCUUGACGCUUGAGCUUCUUGCGAACCCCCCACACAGCCACCUCCCCGCCCGAAAAACAAAGAACCAGAUAUGUGCGCCUUCCGACAGCUCUUUCGGUGAAACAGCCUUGGACAAAAGUUAUAUCUCAAUCUUGGGCACAACCUUCUGGAGCUGGACUGCAUUUCCUGAUCGUCGGCGGAGCUUACGGAGAGACCGCAGCGAUCAAAUAGCUUAAGGCUCUGUGUUACUGCCCCGACUCAGCACCCCCAGAAUCACUCGAUUUUCUCCGCCAUGCUUACCUUCCGCAAAUCGCUCUUGGCGGCUGCGCUGUUGAUCACAUUCGUCCUCUACCUCAGAUCCUCACAUCCCACAUCCUCCAUUGCGUCGCCCAGUUCCACCCCCGCAGGACAGGCUCACGACGGGGCUCAGGAAAGCUACGAGCAAUAUAAUGAAAAGAAGGACACGGUUCAGCAACUACCCCUGACACCUCCGGCGAGCGCUCCCUUACGCGAUCGCCUGCGCUACCACUUCCCCUACGAUCUCGACGCCAAGUUCCCCGCAUACAUUUGGCAGACAUGGAAAUACACACCGGCUUCGAUAUUCUUCAGUGAACAUCUCCGGGAUUCGGAAUCCAGCUGGAGCGAGCUGCAUCCUGGUUUCGUCCACGAGGUCAUUCCAGAUGAUACACAAGGCCACCUGAUCAAGUACCUGUAUGGGGCGGUUCCCGACGUGUACGAGGCGUACGCCUCCAUGCCUUUGCCAGUUCUGAAGGCGGACUUCUUCCGAUACCUGAUCCUUCUUGCGCGGGGCGGUAUCUACAGCGACAUCGACACGACGGCGUUGAAGCCCGCGUCCGACUGGCUGCCAUCGGAGCUUGAUCUUGCGACCGUGGGAGCGGUCAUCGGGAUCGAAGCCGACCCUGACCGUCCGGACUGGCACGACUGGUAUGCGCGCAGAAUUCAGUUCUGCCAGUGGACCAUCCAAGCCAAACCGGGACAUCCUAUUAUGCGCGACAUCGUUGCAUACAUCACGCAGGAGACUCUGCGGAUGAAGAAGUUGGGGAUCCUCGAGACUCACAAGAUGGAUAAGACGGUGAUGGAGUACACUGGCCCGGGUGCCUGGACCGAUGCUGUCUUUCGGUACUUCAACGAUCCGGAAUACUUCAACAUCGAGCCAGACUCCGAGCUGAACGUCACUUACGAAGACUUUACCCGGCAAGAGGGGUACAAGAAGGUUGGCGAUGUGGUGGUUCUCCCUAUCACCAGCUUCAGUCCCGGGGUGCACCAGAUGGGCUCCAAGGAUGUGGGUGACCCUAUGGCGUUUGUCAAGCACCACUUUGGAGGCACCUGGAAGAAUGACCCAAGUCUUUAAAUUCCGACAAUAAACCACUCAUGACUUUCUUAAUUCAAUACCCAAAUCCACGAAUGGAGUAGUGGCGGGCAGAAUGACGCUGCCAUCUCAAGUGUUCCUAGUUGAAACGAGCCCUGGCAUCUGUAUCGUCCUGUGGCUUGAAUUACUGCGCCACAGCCAAGGCCACACCUAUGCACCGCACCGCCACAUGCACAGCGGGUUUCUGUCCGAUCCCAGCCAGCUGACCAUACACCUCCACCUGGUCUUUUCCUGGCUGGAUACAAUCGAUUGCUCUAGCUAUCAAUUCUGGCCAGUUGCUAUGCCGAAGAUUUAUUCAACUCCAGCCCUACCUUGUACGACAACUACCUUAUCCUACGGGAUGUUCCGUUUCUUCUCUGUGUUCAUAUAGGUAUCUUAUUUUACUUUACUAUUGGAGGAAAAGUGACUAGAAUUUAAUACCCG